AUGGUCCACCGGUGGUCCGGUGUUGAAAGUCAAUGGGCUGGGAGUGCGGCGGGGGUCAUGCCGUUCACGGGCUGCGAUCAGCAUAAUGAGGUUGCUUUGAAGAAGCUGACCAGGGCAGAGGUACAGCUGAUCUUGUUCAUUAGUCUGCCUGCAUUUGUUUGGAAUCCCUUUUACAGACUUAUUUUGACAAGCCUCAACAGCAUCAUGUCAUCUCUUGCUCAGAAACCUGGCCGUCUAAGGCUCUCCAAGAACUUGCUGCAGAUGAAAUUUAUGCAGCGGGCACAUGAGAAAAUCAUCCAGGAGGAUGAAGAGGAAGAAAGAGAAGCUUUGUAUGGGUCAGAGAUGACAAAACGAAUGAGGGAACAAGGGAUCAAGACAAGAUCAGAACCUAGCUGGUUGGUCGUCAAUUCGCUGCACUUUGGUCGAGUGUCGUUUGGUGGCUUCAACCCUGAAGUUGAGAAGGAGAUGGAGGAAGAGAAGCAGCGUCGAGCAAAACGGACUAGAGAAUUGGACUCUGGAAAGAAAAUGGACACAGAUGUGAGUGACAAGGACAUGACAUCCUUCUAUUUGACCAUGGCCAAGAAAUUCUCCAAGAAGCGUGACAGAAGUACCCUAACUCCUGGGUAUUCCCCUCAAAGGAAGAAGCCUAUGUUAAAGCCACAGACAUCAUAGUACAAGUCCACAAAUCAUGUGCCCAUUUUGUGAUUUGUGUGCCCAUUUCUCCAAUACAGUGAUCUGUGAUGCUGCCUAUGAUGAUCUUGAUUUUGACCUGAAUUUGUCAUUUACUAGGCCAUUUUCUUCAAUGUCAUGGGCUUAUCAAAGGGAGGAUUCUGUGGGUCAUUACCCC